CAGCUUCGGUCACACUUUACAUUUUCGUUGCAACUUCGACCGAGAUUAAAGACUUGAAAGCAGCAGGAGGAAUUACAAGAAAUUGAUCCCCAAAUAUUAAUAUAACUGGCAAUCGCGAAAAGCGGGCGUGUGUGUGAGUGCGUGCGCGCGAGAGCGAGAGAAUAAGUGAACGAAUUAGAACGAGCACACAAAUUACACAAGUUGUAAAAGAAAAGCUGAAGAAAAAAUUUGACCGAGACCGAAUAUUGAUUUUUUCAUAGACCCGUCGUUGUUGUUAUAGUUGGUGUGUAGUUAAAAACGGUCUCUUUUGAUAACUGAAAAACAGGCAAGAGAAGAGCGGUAGUAGUUUUUAUCUCGUUUUUGAGACCCGCAGAAGAAGAAGAGAGGAAAAAGAACGGAAAGCGUCAGCAUUGUUAAUACAAAAAUCGACAAAAAACACGCACCCACACACCGACACUUGCAUGCACAGUGGAAGUUUCAGUUAUUAAUAUCAGCAAAACCAAAGCAGGCUAAGUACGAAAAUUCGAAAUUUAAGUAAAGCCGAAAAGAUAUAUAAUAUAAGCCGAUAAAAAAGUCAAAGAACGUAAAGCAUGCCACAGUCAGAGGGCGGCUAUGUAUCGCUGCCGGCCGUCAAUGGCAAUGGCGGUGCCAUCUAUCAGUCGACCACAGAGCCCACAGCACCGCCCUCCGUCUUCGAGAGCGUGAAGCGGGCGAUUGGCCAUGCCAUCAAGUCCUCGCCCAACGACAGCGAGGAGCUGCUCCGAUCGGAGCGACUGCCGGUCAUCGUUGGCGGCUCCAGAAUCUCUUUCAGAGACCGCGACAAACCCGGUAAGACACUGACCACCAAGAUGCCGUCAGCUCCAACACACACUGCCGAGGAGGCACACCUGCUGGGCACCAUGCCCGUUGAUCCAAUGGAUGACAUCGAACUGCGCUCCGUGCAGCUGCAAUUCCCCAAUUCCCGCGGCUCCAUCCUGGAGGCCUGCGAACAGCGACGCGUGCCCACAGACAAGGGCGAUGUCCACGUGGCCAUACAGGGCGACACGGCCAAGCCGGCCAUCGUCACCUACCACGAUUUGGGCCUAAACUACGCCACCAGCUUUGCUGGCUUCUUUAACUUUCCAGUGAUGCGAGGUUUGCUGGAGAACUUCUGUGUUUACCAUGUGACCGCUCCUGGACAGGAGGAAGGUGCCCCCACUUUGCCAGAGGACUAUGUGUAUCCGACCAUGGAUGAUCUGGCCGCCCAACUGCUUUUCGUGCUGUCGCACUUUGGCCUAAAGUCGGUUAUUGGUUUCGGCGUUGGUGCCGGGGCAAAUAUUCUAGCUCGCUUCGCCCACUCUCAUCCGGACAAGGUGGGCGCCCUGUGCCUGAUCAACUGCGUGUCCACGCAGUCUGGCUGGAUCGAGUGGGGCUACCAGAGCUUCAAUGCCCGCUUCCUGCGCACCAAGGGCAUGACACAGGGCGUAAUCGAUUACCUGAUGUGGCACCAUUUCGGACGCAAUCCGGAGGAGCGUAAUCACGAUCUGGUUCAGAUGUACAAGCAGCACUUUGAGCGAGCCGUGAAUCCGACCAACCUGGCCAUGCUAAUCAACGCAUACAUCCAUCGCAACGACCUGCACCUGGCGCGCACACCACCAGGAACCCCGGGAACCGAGACGGCGGCCACCACCCUGAAGAUGCCGGUGAUUAAUAUCACGGGUUCGCUGUCGCCCCACGUGGACGAUACGGUGACCUUCAAUGGCCGCCUGGACCCCACAAACUCAUCUUGGAUGAAGAUUUCCGAUUGCGCUUUGGUGCUGGAGGAGCAGCCGGCCAAGCUGGCCGAGGCCUUCCGGCUCUUCUUGCAGGGCGAGGGCUACGCAACGCCGCUGUCCACGCCAGCGAGUUCGCCCUGUGGCACCAAAUACCACACCUACUCCUCGAUCUUCUUUGCCAACUUUCGGGAGCAGCAGCAGCAGGCGAUGGAGGAACGUGAACGCGAGCGGGAAAGGGAGCGGGAUCGUCAGCGGCAGUUGAGCCUCCGGGUGGGCAAUCGGCUCCGGGAAACGGCCAUUAAUUGCACCACCGCUGGACAGGGGGACAAUAACAAUGCCGAUAAUCGCAGCGGCGACGACGAGGAUCUGGAUUUGGAGAACGGAAACAGAAGCGGCAGCGGAAAUGGCAACCGUGCCUACGUGACCACAGACACAUCGGGUACCCUCUACUAUGGCACCCAGAGCAACAAGAUACGCAUCACCGAGAACCCACUGCCCGAGCCGGUCAGCUCCUAGAUUGUUAGAACAGAGCCACAUAAUCCCCAAAAGACACCUUGUUAUUGUUGUUACCACACACAGAGUAAUAUAAAGCAGCAGCAGCCAAGUCAAGCCAAGCUUUCAGCCGUGCUCCAAGAGACACAAAGCCACAGAAACUCAAAAAAGAAUAAUAUUAACACAAGCCACUCACACAUUGCUAGGAUAUGAAUGCAAUAAUUAACCACCAAAAAUGAGAAUCCGUUGAUUGAUUGUAUUUACCUAUGGUUUUCGAGACGCGGAGAAAUAUUUGUAAUUUACACUUUGUGCCUGAGCGUAACGUAACGAACAUACACAUGAUAAAUAUAUCAAGCCGGAUCGGAUCAGAUCAGCAGCAGCAUUUUAGUUACCACUACCUAAUUUUAUUUUGGAAAUGCAACACACAUUUUAUGACGAGCUUGCUUAGUUGUUGUAAAACGAACAAUAUACAAAAAAUAUAUACUUAUGUGUAUACAAACAACACGAAAACGAAACUCAAAGAUUACAAGCAUUUCUGCUUAAUGUUAAAACCUAAAAAUAAAUCCAACUGUUAACUUAAUCCCAAGAAUAACGAAAACUAUAAAAAUGUAGCAUAUCAAAUAACAAAGAAAAUCUCUCAAAAUUACGUAUAUACAUAUACAAAUACCUAGAUAAAUUGUAGACAAUUGCGAAUUGCGAGUAACUCCAACCAAAAUUCUGUUCACAAUGAAUGAAGAAAACCCUUAGACACAUGACACUGUCACAGAAACACCACACACGAUAUGAAUAUAGAAUACAUACAUAUAAUACAUAUAAAUAAUGACAACUUUUUGCAAUAACUUCGAAUUCAAUUCAAUAAAAGUUUUAGAAGCUUGA